AUGCGUUUCUCACCUCUUGUUGCUGUUGCCCUCUUGGCACUUGGCGAAGGGGGGCUUUGCGAUGAUCGCCAAGAAAGCCAGUUGAAGAUGUUCGGUGGUAGCGUUGCCGGCCGUGCAGCUGCUCUUGUAAGACCAAGCGUCGACAAGCCCUCAGUCACCAAGAGGCAAAUCAGUUUCUCGGGCGGUGGCAUCAACAUCGGCGGAGCAGGAGGUCUUCAACUCGGCGGCGGUGGCAAGGGAAAGGGCAAUGGCCAGGCUGGAGCGGCGGCCAACCAGACGGCCAACGGCGGCGGAAACGGCGGUCUUUCCGUCGGCGGGAUCCAGCUCGGUGGCAAGAAGAAUGCGGGAAGCACCGGAAACAGCGCUCUCGAUGCGUUCCUGAACGCGGCCAAUGGAAAGAAGAAUGGCACCGCCAACGCCGGAGGUGCGGCCGGAGGUGCGGCUGGAGGAGCAGCCGGCGGCGAGGGAAAGGGCAAAGGAAAGGGCAAGGGAGAAGGUGGACCAGGUGCUAACCCAGGCGAAGCGGCAAAGGCUGAACAAGGCCUCGGUUCGAAUCCUGGCGAGGCUGCUAAGCAACAGGAGGCUGCGAAGGAGGCACAGAGGAAGGGCAAGGGUAACGGCGCUGGGACUGGGGCCGCUCCGCCGGCUGGCGAGGGACAACCUCAGCCCGGACAGGCCGGUGAAGGACAAGCUCCACCCGCACAGGGAGGUGAGGCAGCGAAGCCUGCUGGCGAAGGUGGUCAGCCGAAGGCUGUUCAAGAGUCGGAGCAGUUUAAGGAUAAUGCCGGCAUCACCGUUGGAGCUGACGGCCAGGUCCAAAAUGGUAGGAAUUCCUCUACUGUUCUCGUGUAUCUUGCGACUAACAUCAUCAACUUAGUUGGCGGUAAUCUUGGCAUCACCAAAGGUAGCGAUGGCAGUACCUCUGUUGGCGGAAAGUCUGGUAUCAACAUCAGCCCUGGGGGUGCUCAACGACAAGGCAAGGGCAAGGGUAACGGACAGCAAGCUGCACCUGCCACGCCACCAGCUGAGAGACAGCCGGCUGCUCAGCCCGCCCCUGCCGAGCCCGCCGCCCAGCCAGCAGCUCCUGCCCCGGCCCCGGCACCGGAGGCGGCCCCACCUGCGGCUCCGGCUACUCCCCCGGCACCGGAGGCUUAA